AUGCCUUCAAGAAAAAAUAUUGCGAGACGUGCCCGUGUUACUAAUAAAAGUCGUUGUUCGUGGAGUGUUAAAGAAAAACUUAUGGUUAUCUUCUACUUGGAGCAUAUUAAUAGUGUGAGGGCAACCGCGAAACGCUUUGAAAUCGAACCGAAACAAGUCCGUGAGUGGCGUAACAAAAAGCAAGAACUUCUGAAUGCAGCACCGUACACUUUAACACUCAAUCAUGGUCGGCAAGCACAAAAUAUGGUAGUUAGGAAGGCUAAGGCUUUGGCCCAGACCGAUGAAAUUAAGAAUACUUACCCUAACAUCGCUAGCUUUAAAUUUUCUAUUUCCUGGUUGAGUCGGUUCUUAUGUCGUAAUGAUCUUUCGAACCGUAGACGUACAACUGUUGCGCAAUACCUUCCGGCAGCCCUGGCUGAAAAACAAC